GUUCAGACAACGGUCGCACUGCAGGAACAACAACACAAAAAAUACAAGAAAGAAAACAUUUAAACGAUUUUGAAGGAAAACUGAUAUAUAAACACAACGACAACUGCCAAAGAAUCCGCAGGCCUUUUCCUGGGUUCCUUACAAAAAGACAAAACUAUAGCUAUGGGUGAUAACAAAAUUUGCGACAUUAGCAACGAAGUUCUGGAGGAAUUGAAGAAGUUUCGCUUUAGUAAGAGCAAAAAUAAUGCGGCUUUGAUAUUAAAAGUCGACCGGGAAAAGCAAUCGGUGGUACUCGAUGAAUUCAUUGACGAUAUUUCAGUAGAUGAACUUCAAGACACAUUGCCAGGACAUCAGCCCCGAUAUGUAAUCUAUACGUAUAAAAUGGUUCACGACGAUCAGCGCAUUUCCUACCCCAUGUGUUUUAUUUUUUACACCCCAAGGGAUAGUCAGAUCGAACUACAGAUGAUGUAUGCCUGCACUAAGAGUGCUCUUCAACGGGAAGUGGAUCUCACACGUGUCUAUGAAAUUCGCGAACUGGACGAAUUAACCGAGGAGUGGCUGAAAGCAAAACUCAAGUAAAGAGGAUUCUAUCUCAGGAAUCAGUCAUUCCGGGCCGUUGUCAAAAGCAAUAUUUUAUGAUAGUUCUUCGAUUGAUUUUUGAGCAUUUUAUACACAUAUUUAAACUGGAUCAAGCCGAUACCAACGAUGCAUACCAAUACCAAACAAACCAAUAUUGAGAUACAAUUUUUACAUACAGAAAACACAAAUCAAGCUAGGUGUAUACAAAGUAAUGAAAAUUUUAUAUGGACGAUCGCAUUCGACAAGAAUGCGUGAAGAGUUCUUAGUGUUUUAGUUUUUGCAUUUAAGUAAUAAUUUUUAUAGAAGCUGUGCUUGCCAAAUUUCUAUAUGUAUUUAUUGUAAAGAUAUAAAAGCAGACAUGACAAGAUAUUUCCAUUUUAUAUAGACAAACUAAAUAAAAGUGUUCAAUAUUAAAAAACAAA